UAUUAGUCGUGUUGGCAAUACUGUUUUUUUUUUUCUCUUUCAUUUCGUCUUCAAUCCCGUCGAAAUGACGAAGGGUACUUCAAGCUUCGGCAAGCGCCGUAAUAAGACACACACAUUAUGUAGAAGAUGUGGCAGAUCAUCAUAUCACAUCCAGAAAUCAAAAUGCGCUCAGUGUGGAUACCCUGCAGCCAAAUUGCGAUCUUAUCAUUGGUCAGUGAAAGCCAAACGUAGGAAGACCACUGGAACAGGCCGCAUGCGUCACCUCAAGAUUGUCAGGAGACGUUUCCGCAAUGGCUUCAAGGAAGGCAGACCUACUCCCAAAAAGGCAGUUGCUUCAUCCUAGACCUAUUAUUAAACCCAAAUAAAAGAAAAAAAAUUA